AUGAGUAUCAAAUGGUGUUUCCCAUUGACUUUUGUGUUGUUUUUUGCGAUUUGCAGUUUCGCAGAUUGUUAUGACCCCUUGGAUCCAAAUGGAAAUGUUACAGUAACUUUUGACACACUUCAUUGGACGAAUGAUGGCUAUCUGGCAAGGGUAAGUAUCCAAAACUACUAUCAAUAUCGUCAAGUAGACACACCUGGGUGGAAACUAGGAUUCACAUGGACCAAUAAUGAGAUCAUUUGGUCAAUAUCCGGUGCUAUUGCAACUCACCAAGGGAACUGCACUAAUUUCAAAGAUGAAAUACCUCAUUGCUGUAUGCAAACCCCAGAGAUAGUUGAUCUGACACCAGACCGCCGCUCUGCUAACUCACCAGAAAACUGCUGUCAUGGUGGCCUUCUUGCUGCCUCGGCGAUUAACCCCACACAAUCAUCUUCAUCAUUUGACAUUGUUGUCGGUAACUUACAGGGAAAUUUUUCAAAAAGUAUGCCUGUGAAUCUUACAUUACUGGCACCGGGACCUGGAUACACUUGUAGCCCCAUUCAAGAAACUCAACCAACAGUUUCUCUUGUUGAUGGCGGAAUAAGAUAUGAACAAGUGUUUAGAACAUGGAAAUCCACAUGCACAUACUCUAGUUAUUUGGCUAAUAAAACACCAGUAUGUUGUGUUUCAUUGUCAACAUUUUAUAGUCCAGAAAUUACAACAUGUCCUCAAUGCAGCUGUGGAUGCAGACCAGCUGACAAGAAAGCAUUAUCCUGCAUCAGUGGUUCAAGCAGUUCAGAAUUCAUCAAUGCUUUGGACGCCGUGCGAUGCACUGAUCAUAUGUGUCCCCUUCGAGUCCAUUGGCAUGUUAAAACCAACUAUGCUGAUCAUUGGAGGGUGAAGCUCACGGUUACAAAUCUAAACUACAACAGAAAUUACAGUAACUGGAACCUUGUGGUUCACCAUCCGGGGUUCAGUCAGCCAACAACAACUUUUAGUUUCAACACUACUUUGCUCCAUACUGAUGGGAUCUCAGAUGAUGUAGCCCUCUUUUGGGGUAUAGACUACUACAACACUGAGCUUUUGAAUGCGGACAAGGAUCAAGUGGGCUCAGUCUCAACAGAAAUACUUCUAGCCAAGGACCACAAAGCAUUCACAUUACACAAUGGUUGGGCUUUGCCAAGAACCAUUUACUUCGCAGGUGAAAACUGUGUUAUGCCAUCUCCUGACAAUUACCCAAUGCUUCCGAAUGGUACUUCUCCACGUAGACCACUCCAUAAUCUAAUCCUCUUCAUAAUCAUCUAUUUCUACUUCAAGCUGCUAAGAUUCUAAUACCAUGAUUCACAUUACAAAAUGGUUGGGAAUGCCAAAACGAUAGGGAUUGAUGAUGUGUAAUAACGAACUAUUUUGGCAAUCUAUGGAUAUAUAGAUGCCAAAAGGAAAAUGUUAUGCAUUUCAGCAAAGUGUUGGUUUGUUUGUAACCAAAAUAUAAGUAUGAUAGUUUAGAAAACUUAUGUAAGUCACUUUAAAGUGAUGUCCAAACAAAGAAUGUGCUCGCCUUGAAGUACUAUAUCGGAUUGAUGGUGCAUUUGGGUUUGGGUUUCCAGACAUCUAAUGUUGAAAGCCUAUUCGGUCAAUUUUGCAGAUAGAUAUUUGGGUUUUAUGUCCAAUUUUUAUUGUAUUAGAUACAACUUACCCUUAUUAUGAUAUUAUUGUUUACCUUUUGAAAA